GACACUGAUUGAAACAGAUUGUAGCGCUACGCUGGUCGCAAUGGCAACCGCUCCACCAGGAAGGGAGCGACAACUUUCCUCUUGUUUGUAAUGUUCCGGAGGGGUUCUGAGGCACUGAAGAGACAACUUUCCUAUGUGAGGAAGGAGCGUUAUAUACUUUGACCUGUCCCAAAAUGUCACAGGGAUGUUCCGUUUCUGUGGAAGAGGUCCAGUCCUGGUGGGAAGUCCCCGCCAUAGCCCACUUCUGCUCGCUCUUCAGGACGGCGUUUCGGCUCCCAGACUUUGAAAUAGAGGAGCUGGAGAAAGCUUUGUAUGAACAAGACUUUGAUUUUCUGGGCGAGCUCCUGGCCUGCUUGUUGCAAGGAUGCUACCAGCGCACUGAUAUCACCCCGCAGACGUUUAGCAGUUACCUUGAUGACAUCAUCAGCUACCGUUGGGAGCUGGAAGAGGGAAAACCUAACCCGCUUCGCGACGGGCCGUUCGACACGCUCCCACCGCGCGCUCAGGUGGAGCUGCUGCACAGACUCUGUGACUACCGGCUGGACGCCGCUGAUGUCUUUGAUCUCCUGAAGGGGCUAGAUGCAGAUAGUCUGAGGGUGGAGCCCCUGGGGCAAGAUGGAGAUGGUGCCCUCUACUGGUACUUCUAUGGCACUCGCAUGUACAAAGAAGAGCCACUUGACAGGAAAGCUGAGAGGCUGAGUGAAUAUGAUCCAAUGUUACCAGAGAGGAAGAGAAGGGGAAGACCGCCAAAGAAACGAAAGUUUGAAGAUGACUAUAUGAGUGAAGAAGAAUCUGAAGCAACAAAGGUGAAGACAGAAAAUGGGCUAGAAGAUGUUCCUCCAAGCACAGCUCCUAAGCGAGGUACUUGGUCUCUUGUUUGUGAAACGGAGGAACAGUGGAUCAGGUUGGCAGAGAGCAUCAAGGACAAAGCCUCCCCACAGGACCGCCACCUUUACCGUGUCAUCAGCCAGAAUUUUCUGCCUGAGAUCAGCAGCAUGAUUGAGCACAAGGAGCGAGAGCAGAAACAGAAGUUACUGGAUCCACCCCCGGUCCGUACAUCCCAGUGGUUCUCAGAGAAUCCCAUUAAAGAUGAGAAAGAGGACAAUCUGAAGGCCCGAUCAGAGGAGGAGAGGAGGAAAGAUGAAGAACUGGACCGGCAGGUUCUGCUGGCCGAGCAGCGCCGGGAAGAGGAGCGGCUCCUGCAGGAACAGCAACAGAGGGAGAAGUUGGAGAAGAUCAAAGCUGUGGAGGAACGAGCAAAGAGGCGAAAGAUGCGCGAGGAGAAGGCCUGGCUGCUGUCGCAAGGAAAAGACCUUCCACCCGAACUUCUCAAUCUGGAUCCAUCUUCUCCCAUCAAAAGAACACGAAAGAGCAAAGAAUUGUAUGAAAUUGAUGAGGACUACACCGCUCUUUAUAAAGUGCUUGAGGCCCUGAAAGCUCAUAAGGAUGCCUGGCCGUUCUUAGAGCCUGUUGAUGACUCCUACGCCCCAAACUACCAUGAGAUUAUCCAGACGCCCAUGGACCUGUCCACCAUUGAGAAGAAGCUCAGUGAGGGGGAAUAUGUGGCCAAGGAGGAGUUUGUUGCUGAUGUGAAGCUCAUGUUUGAAAACUGUGUUGAAUACAACGGAGAAGACAGCGAAUACACCACCAUGGCAGAGUCUCUGGAACGCUGCUUUAACCGAGCCCUGCUCAAACACUUCCCAUCAGAGGACGCCGACACAGACGAGGAGUUCCACAUCAGUCGCGAAGACAAAGAGCGGAAGGACAAGAAACGGAACCGCAACAGUAAAUAUUCAGGACCGGAAAGUUUGAUCAAGGCUACAGAGCAGGUCCAGCGUAAGAGAAACCCUCAGGGUAAGGGCAGCACGCCGCCAGAGCCAGAAGACAGCAGGCUGACCCGACCACAGCUUCCUCCUCGCUGGACUAAUGGGCCUGCUCAUCCUCACAAUCUGCCUCCACACCAGCAGCACAUGUUCCACCCAGGACAGUUGCGUCCUCCAGCUGGACCUCAUGACCCACAGAUGUUCACUCAAAGAAUAGCAAUGGAUCCUCGCUUUGGAUACCCCGUCCACAUCCCGAGACACGGAGAUCCAAACCUCAGCCGCUACCCUCACAGCUUCGCUAUGCAGAGUCGCAUGGCUGUUGGGCAUCACAUGAGGUAUCCGAUGGGACCAGAUCCUAACAGAGGGCCUCGACAACAGCGCCCUUACAUUGGUCCGACUCACGGCCCGUCUUUGGGCCCCCGCCCCAUGGCCCUUCAGCCCGGACCUCCACCUGAAGCCAGCAUGUAUCCAUCCCACCAGCGUCCAGAGGGCCACACCUUACAUCCAAUGGCCAACAGGUUUCCUGGGCCAGAUGCACCUGCUCAGCACACCUACCCAGGCAUGAGGUCUCCUGGCAUGGGGCCUUCAAACAUGUGGCCUGGUAUGAACCGCCCUGGACAGGACCGACUGAAUGGCAUGCGGAUGCAGGACCCUAACAUGGCAAACCAACGCAGCUUCAGUUAUGGUGGAAUCCCCCCACCGAUGGGACAUAAGCCGUGGCCAGAAGCUGCCGGUUACCCCCAGCAUCCUCCCACCGCUCCACAUCAAAUGUCUGCAAGCUCCCUGGGGCCCCUGUCUUCACAGCCCACCAUGCCUCAGCCAGACUCAACUGGCAGGACUCACUUGUCUUCCAUGCUGGAAAGCCCAGAGAUGCUGGCCUUGCAGCAGCUGUCAGCCUCUUCUGGACCCCCUGCUGGCAUCCCUCAUCAGCACACAGGCAACUUUCAGCAGCCAGGGGCCCCAUCAGGAUUUGGCAGCAACCCAGCCCACCCCACCAAACAACCCCCCACUUCCCUUGAGGUUCAGCUGCUGCGUCCUGCAGGAGACAAAGGGGUAGAGAGCCAGCCCUCCCAACAGACAGACGUGGAUCUCAAAGGUACAAUGGCUGAGAACAAAACGGAUUCACACAUCUCUAAUGAAGCUGCAUCACAAAGAAAUGUCUCUGCGAUAAACCCAGACCCCCGUACCACUUUGAGCCCAACAGGACAUUGCGGUUCAUCUCAGGAAAUUCCUCCUGGACCAGAGCCAACAAUUUCAUCUGAGAGUUCCAGGCAGGAGGUUCUUGGACAGCGUCUCAAUCAGACCACCCCACCUUUAACCCACAUCACCGCUGCUACAACCAGCUCCACCGAGACUGUCGCACAAAUGCACCCAGAGCAUGCACUGAGCAGUCCACAGCACAAUGUACAGCCACUGCAUGUUUCUGGAUCUCUGACUUCCUCUCUGCACACAUCAGAGAAGCAGGAACACACUCACCAGCAAAGUGAAGAAAAACAAAACGCCUCCAAACCACAGAUAAGCCUCACUCAAAGUCACAUUGAGAGCUCUGCCCAGCCUCCCAUCUCAGAGCAACACAGCUCAUCUGCACCUUCUCAUCACACCCCUCACACAGGCUCUCCACAGUUUUCCACACAGAACCCCCCCAUGCAUGGGAUCUCGCACACAACUGGUGAGACAGUGCAGCCUGCCCCUCUCCCCUCUUUGCCCCCCAGCCAUCCUGCCACCUUAUUACCUGCCCAGCCCUUCCCAGCAGAACACAGAGAUCAAAGAGCCAGCAGGCCGGACAGAGAGGGUGCUGCCAUUUCCCCACAACAUGCCAUGAUGUCCCCCGGACCACCAACCAGUAUUUAUAAACAGCAGGCUUUCAGCCCAAAUCACACUCGGACCCAGUCCAUGGUGGGUAACGGGGGUGUGGAGGUUCAAAGAGCCCCACCCACCAGUUAUAGUCCAGCAGGGCCUCCUCACUCCCAAAGUCAGCUCAAUGGAGCUAUGGGCCAUUAUAGUACAGGAAGCUCUCUACAUCCACACUACAACCAGACCAAUGUGAAUAAGCCUCCAUCUGUCCUCCACCAGUACCACAGUCAGCCCAUAAACACCCUGCACAGCACCGCCCCCCACCCUGCAUACCAGCAGCAGGGAGGGAACCCCUACUACCAGAUACCUACACAGCAGCACCCACAGGCUCUCAGAAAUAUGUACCCGCCCCAUCAGUACCCGCAGCAGGGAUACUAUAACCAGCCCCUCAGCAGAGGGGGUUACCCUCCCAAGGACUGGCACCAGUCUCCCUACCGGCCUCAGCAGCCAAUCUCAGCCAACGCAUACCUCCCUGUAGGCAGCGCAAGAUCGAACGGUCAUUACAAAGAGAGUAGCAUGUCACCGCUGGGAUCUGAUGCCUCCAUCGGUGCUGGCUUGCUAUCCUCUGGUCCUGUGCCUGAUGUAGGGCCGCUGUCUGCAGGCUCAGAGGAGGGGAGCACUGAGAGCAGAGAGCAGGCUGGUCCAGGUAGCAGCAGCCAGACAAAGCAGGCUCAGAACGAGAACUCUGACCCACCGGAAAGCCCAAAAGAAAUCCUUGACCUCGACAGCCACAACGCAGCGGCUCGCCAUCGAGGCGCACCGCCGCUUCAGCUGCAUCGUCCUGCGCACAUAAGCUCAGGGUUUACGUAUGAUCAUCGAGCCCUGCAUCCAGGGAUGCAACAAGGCGGCAUUCCUCCACCUCACAUGAUGUCUCAGGGUCGCGGAAUUGGAGACGGGACACAAUAUCCUGACCAGCGGUACCCAGAUUCACGCUACGCUGGGCAAAGACCUCACCCACAUCUGAUGGAAGCUCUGCAGCGGCCCCAGCAGUUGCCCUACUCCCCCGGUCAGAUGCGCAUGGCCAUGUACAGACACCCCAGAGCUGGAGGGCACUUUCAGGACAUGAUGGUUCAGCAGAGAGGCCUAGGACCAGAGCGCUUCCCACACCCUGGACAACAGAUGAUGGCGGCUCCUGGAGGUCCUGGAAGUAAACAAGGAUUGUGAAAUCUCAGAAUAUAGACACCCCAAAAAUUUUGGAAAUCCUUAACGUCAGUCCAGUACUGCCCGGGUGGAUGCAGCCAUUUCCUUUUCCCCAAACAGAAUGAAAAUGACCCACAGAUGGAUAUGAAGCAACCAUCCAGCUGGUACAAAGAACCGAAUAAAAAUGUGAAAUAGUUUUGAGCCAUGAGGAUCAAUCCUCUUCUCCCUCGGCUCAUUGUGGCCGAGACGACUAAACCGAAGGGUUUCUCUUGUCUGGAUGAAGCAUGCAGCAGAUGCAGUUUCCUCCCAAAGCGUUGAGACUUUUAAGGGAAUCCUUCUAACCACUAGGUCAACCUGUCCAGCACAGGGGACGUUGCCUUCAGGAACACUGGAUGGCUCUCUUCCACAUGAUCAGCCGCAGCAUGGACGGAAGUCUAGCUUCUCAACAGAGCUACUGAUUUGGACUGUGGUUGUCACAUGUAACUCAGGUGUAGAAGAGGAGGUCCUGUGAGGAGCGGCUGACUCACAGAACCCCUCCAGAUGCCUUCAUCCUCUUUGUGAAUGUAUGAGUAAAUGUUUAGAGCAGAAAUGCAUCACCGUAGCUGCAGAUGUAAGGACAUGCUAGCUGAUUACUCCACCCACUGUCUAUUGUCUAUUUCUACCACAACUCCCAAAAACAUUUCUCAACUUGAGUAAUUAAGAGAAAAAUAUGCAUCUUUCAAAGCUGCCUUCAUUAUUAAGAAUGUCUUGAAAGGGCCUGGAAGCAAUGGUGCAAUUAGUAUCUCUCUGAUGCACUAUGAAGUCCAAAUCUGAGUGGCCUUUCUUAGUCGUCUAUCAGUCCCAUUCUCACCCCAGAAAUAAAAAAAGGAAAAAAAAGAAAGAAAAAAACAGUCAAAUAUAUAUUCAUCAGAGUCCUAUACUACUGAGGUCCACCCUCCCUGCUGUUACAUUGCACAUAAAUGAAACCAACCCUAAAACUAAUUUCAGUUUUUAACUGCUCCUUCAUGGCCCUGCUGAGCUCCAGGUGGUUUCUCCUUAUUGUUCUUCCUCCUACUGUUAAUAGUAAAGUUCUCAGGGUGUACAGAUUUGGAAAACGGGUAUUUUUAUAAAUCAUUUGAGGAAGGAGCAGCACACCUGAAGUGAGACAGAAGCUUUGGUUUUAGUGUCUGUUUAUAGUUGUGAGCACACAGCCUGCCUGCUUUAAAUCUGUCUGCUCUGUGUAUUUCCACUGAGAAUGUGUUUUAGUUGAAUCUACUUCUUAUUCUACUUAUUAUAAUUCAUUUUGCAUUACAGACAUAAUUUUAGCUUUUCAUCUCAUUUUCCCUGUUAUGGAUGACGUGCUGCAGUUUAGUCUUUCCUUUAAGAGCCCUCUUAGUGCAGUUUAGUAUUGAACUGAAUCUACCUCAUCUAGCUGCUGAGUGCUAUCCUAUAGGAGUCCGUCCACCUUCACUCCUCCCUCCUCAGACUCCCAGUUGUUUUAGUCGCCUUUAGAUAACAAGGUAAACCUGGCCUGGAAAUCCAUUGUCCAAUCCAUCGUGGAAAAUGUAAUUACGCAUAGUUUGGUUGGAGGAGUAGGUGGACAAGUUCUGCUCUGUUUGUAAUUAACUGGUUCGAGUUUGGGCUAUAGUAACCCACAUAGUUUGAGUAACUGUCAUUAAUUUGAGUUGUUUUGAUGCAAUGUCAGGAGACACUGGAGAGUUUUCUAAACGAGUUAUCGUCAGUGACUUAUAAAAAUAAUUAACAGCAAACAUCAAAUGAGGUAGCGCUCAUCCCUGCUGUGUGACAUCUGAAGGACAGUGCUGUUUUUAAACAGGUUGUGAUGUCACCUUUGUUCGUGUGUGUCUGACUGUACUGGUGCACAUACCAGUUAACUGGAACCGAUUCUUCCUUCUUCUCUUCUGUAAUUUCUCUGCACUAGUAACUAAAAAAUGUAGACGUGGUUAAAUGUGAAUCAUAUUUAUUUGCUCUUUUAAGAAUUUUUGUAAAUUGUUUUUGGACUUGUUUUAAUAUAAAGUUUCCCUUGAUAUUUUUUAAACUGUCGUCCUUUACCUCUGUUGCGUGGUGUCUUUGGGAAAAAGGGAAAAUGUCUUUGGUUUUAAAAUGACGUUUACAUGUUCCUGUUUGACCAACAUGGAUUAUUCUGGGAAUGGAUUGGAAUAUUUUCUAUACUGCCUUAGAAAUAAAUAACGUUUCUCAGCUC